ACAGGGGUGUUACGCUGCAUGCUAGAACCUGUGAACUUUGAACAAGAGAGCACAGAUUAGUUGUGGCAGCAUAGGUUAGGUUACAGCCAGAUGACUGCUUUCACUGGGAUGUGAGGUGAAGAACUGCUGUUUGGGAGGUUGGCCAAACAUCACUUUGGAUUUUAGGCAACCUGCAGACAGAUUUUUUUGUUUCAUCAGCUGUCCUGGUGGGUGGUCUCAGACGAUACCGCAGGUGAAGAAGCCGGACGUGGAGGUCUACGGUCAUGAGGCCGGUUGGAAAUACUGCCAAAUUCUCUAAAACGACGUUGGAGGCAGCUUAUGGACUCACCUUAGAAAUGCAUCAACCAGCCCUGGUCACGGUUGCUGUGCUGCUCUUCUCUCUGACCACUGUCUAUGGGGGGAAGGUGCUGGUCCUCCCAUUGGAUGGAAGCCACUGGGUGAACAUGAAAGUCAUCGUUGAAGAACUGCACUCCAGAGGCCAUAGCAUCACAGUGAUUCGUCCAUCCGCCAACUGGUACAUCAAGGAGACGUCCCUUCAUUACUCGUGUAUCACCAUCCCUGCAUCUGGCGGAGGAAUUGACGAGAAGAUCUUUGGUUCGUUUGUGACCAGAUUACUGCAGAUCCAAAGGGAGGGUGGAGGUUUCUGGUCUCGUAUGAGUCUGGAGCUUGAGAUGGUGAAGCAGUUCUCUGAGUCAAACAGGGAUUUGAUUGAGAUGAUGACUAUGAUAUUUGAAGAUGCCGUGCUAAUGCAAUCGUUUCACGAUGCAAACUAUGAUCUAGUUCUGACGGAUCCUGCCACUGGUGCGGGCACAUUACUGGCACACCGCCUUGGUCUUCCUCUUGUCUUCAAUGUCAGAUGGACAGUCCAGGGUGAGGGUCACUUUGCCAUUGCCCCCUCACCUCUCUCAUAUGUCCCAGUACCAGGAGCAAUGUUGACGGACAAAAUGACUUUUCAGGAGAGAGUCAUAAAUGUUCUGUUUUAUCUUCUUACAAAGGUUCAAACUGCAUACAUCACAGACCCUAACUACAUUCCGUUCGUCCAUCGUUACUUUGGCCCUGAUGUUCACUACAUGUCAUUGUUCCAGGCAGCAGACAUCUGGCUCAUGAGGAAUGACUUCACCUUUGAGUUUCCUCGUCCCACCAUGCCAAACGUGGUCUACGUGGGUGGCUUCCAGUGCAAGCCCUCCAAGCCACUUCCCCCGGACAUGGAGGACUUUGUCCAGAGUUCCGGGGACCAUGGGGUCAUCAUGAUGUCCCUCGGGACCUUGGUGGGACAACUUCCUGAGGACAUCGCUGAGGACAUCGCCACUGCUUUUGCCCAACUGCCUCAGAUGGUUGUCUGGAGGCACACUGGGAAGAGACCUGCCUCCCUGGGUAACAACACCUUACUGGUGGACUGGCUCCCCCAGAACGACCUCCUAGGACACCCAAAGACCCGAGCCUUUGUCGCCCACGGCGGCACCAAUGGAGUCCAGGAGGCCAUCUACCACGGUGUCCCCAUCGUCGGCCUCCCAUUGAUGUUCGACCAGCAGGAUAACCUCAACAGGAUGAGGGCUAAGGGAGUGGCUAAGAUAGUGGACAUCACCACCGUAGACAGAGACAUCUUCCUGGAGGCAGUGAAGGCUGUUCUCUAUGAGCCGUCCUACAGGGAGGCAAUGCAAAGGCUCUCCAGGCUGCACAGGGACCAGCCUAUGAAGCCACUGGACCGCGCAAUGUUCUGGAUCGAGUUUGUCAUGAGGAACAAAGGAGCGGCACAUCUGAGGACAGAGUCCUACAAGAUGUCCUGGUUCACCUACCACUCUGUGGACGUCAUAGCCACGCUACUGGCCAUUGUGUUGCUCAUAAUACUGGUUAUCACUUUUGCUGUAAGGUUUUUGUGGUGUAAGGUGUUUCGUAGGAGGAAAGUGAAACAUGAAUGAUAAAGAUGUGUUUUGAGGUGUUUUUGAAUAUUUAUAAAUUAUGAAAUUAUCAAUAAAUAUAUCAUUAAUCAAAUAUUGAAAUUAUUAUUUUCUGAUAUUCUUUCUAAAACCUUCCUUUCAGCAACAUCAAGAAGGCCACAAUAAUCUAUGCUGGUAUUUGAAACAAUACAGUAGGCUACUUUUGGCAAUAUAUCUUUGCAUUCCAUUUUUUUAUGUCACCCUCACAUUAAGUAUUGUGCUCCAAAUAUAAUAUUACCUUAUGUUGUUAAUGUUGUACUACAGCAACAAAAAAUGACUUGAGUUGUGUGGUUGAGAGAGAGGGAUAGAGGGGUCUCUCGUUGGGUGGUCCUUUGCAUGGGGUGAUGUAAGUUUCCUUCAACAAUCAGUCUUCCAGUUAGAUGACACAGACACAGGAACCUUGGUAUAAAACUCUUUAGUAAUAAAAUGCAAUUGCAGACAGAGAUUCACAUACAGAAUACCUCAGUAGUCUAUAGUAAAGAUCCGUGUGGCGAAACAGGAGACAACACUCUUUAUAUUUGUUGGUGUGGACAACCUACCGUCAAUCGUACCUUAACAUUGUUGCAUUGGAUUAGAUACGAAGUAUCUAAGAUGAGAAAAACAUGUCCAGACUGUGGUUUCUCACUCUACUAUAAGCCAUCAACCACACCUGUGUAGUCUCAGGCCCUUUGCUACUUUCGGAACAUCUCGGCCUUGAGGCUGAGUGACUAUCAGCAGGUGCAGGCAGUUCUCAGCCUGAGAACUAAAUCAGUACAUCUCCAUUACCCGAUACUUUUCCAUCAUUGUGCAUUGCAAGCAUACAAAGGUUAUCACAUAUAUACAGUAAUCAUGGCAUCCCAUACCAUCGUUUAGAGCAAGAUAGGUCACUCUAGUAAUUAAAUAUGAGACAUCCACUAAAUGCCACCCAUAGGGUUUAAAAAUCUUUUGCCUGCGUUCUUCUUCAGGGAGGUAGCCUGCAUAAGAUCUACAAUGCACGGUUACACCCACAGCCAAAGAGCCAUUGUUACAGAUACAUAAUGGCGGAACACAUUCUUCCUUCAGAUUCUCUAAAAUUGGUUCAGCCACAGUGAUCCCCAGGUUUUCACUCCAACCAUACAUUGUUGGGUGAGUACACAUAAGCCUUUUCCUAACUAUCUUCCAAUUAUCAUCAUCCCGGGGAUUAUGCCGUGGCCAAAACCCACGAGUUACAGUCCCUAUUGUCACGACUUCCACCUAAGUCGGUUCCUCUCCUUGUUCGGGCGGCAUUCGGCGGUCGACGUCACUGGUCUUCUAUCCAUCGCCGAUACACGUUUCAUUUUCCAUUUGUUUUGUCUUGUUUUCCCACACACCUGGUUUACAUUGCCCUCAUUACUUGUCAUGUAUUUAACCUCUGUUUCCCUCAUGUCUGUGUGUGUAAUUGUUUAUUGUCAGGUUGGCACUCUUCCGGCUGGUUUGCGCAGGGUUAUAUUUUACACCCGUGCUUUUUGAUAGCCUGUACUUUGUACUUGUACUUGUUUUUUGUACUAUGUGCUCCCUCACUUGUUCUGAGGGCAUUUGUUUUUGUGACGCGGUUGUGUUCUAUUCAAAUAUUGCCUCAGUAAAGUGCCUUGUCCACUCA